UGUCCAUGUAUUGUUUGUAAUGGCUUGAUAAAGCUCCUGGAGAGCGAAACGUUGCCACAAUAAAUGUCACAUUAGUUGCACUUGUGUCCUUUUACUUCACAGAGUUGUAGAUGCGUGGAACAGUCUUCUCAGUGGGGUGAUAGAGGUUAGGAACUUGGGUAGCUUUAAGAAGAGACUGGACAAAUAUAUGAGUGGGAGGGGCUGGGUUUGAUUGGUGUCAAGGGGUACGGGAGUUAUUUCUUGAGUAGCUUUAGGUAGAUGUCGUUUUGAUAAGGACCUGCCUCGUAUGGGCCAGUAGGCCUUCUGCAGUGUUCCUACAUUCUUAUGUUCUUAUGUUCUAUCUGAAGAUCAAGCGACAGUGCGGAGACUUAAAUACUGUCGUCUACUGUGUAGGUGAAACGUUUCGGAAUAAAGUUGCCUAACUGUUGCCUAUGUGUCUUACCUACCAACUUGUCGGUAUUUGUUACCAAGGUUUAUACCGAUAAACGUUAUAAACAGUGAAUGACUCCUGAUGCAUUUAUCCUAAUUCUUGCGUAGUUCUGGAUAAAAGAUGGACACGAGAGUGGGUGAGGAUAGUUGGUUUUGACGAGGACCUGCUUCUGACCUGAGACGGACUGAGUGAGGUGGCAAAUAUGGUCAGGUGGUAUCCACUUCUGGCCUAUAUAAGAUUCUUUGGUGAAGGAUUCCAUAAGGCUCGUGAAUAACUAUUAAAGCAGUUCCAUUGACAACCUUUGAAAACUACUUCAAUAAUUUUUAGAGACAAUAUGGAAAAGUUCCAAGAUAAUUUACAAAACCCCGUGAAGGAGCUGGAUCAUGGCCUGUUUGAUAUGUCUCACUUUUUACAUCGGCCUGCAACUCCUGUGAAAGAUGAGUCGGCAGUCGGAGGCCGAUUGCAAAACUCGCUUGACGAGGGGGGUAUUCGCCUGUUUGAUAUGUCUCAAAUUUUACGUUUUCCAGCAAUUCCUUCGGAAGAUGAGUUGGUAGUCAGGGGCCGAUUGGUAAACGAGACUUGCCAUAAACAAAUUGACAAUAUCGGUCCAAUUACAGUCACAUUUCCCUUUGAAAUUGGAGAGCAAUUUCACCAAGGAAUUUCUAGUAAUGUGGGCAAGGUUAAGAAACAGAAAACAGUUCUUUGUGGAACACCUUAUCAAGUCUUCAAGCCAGAGAAUCGAGUCACCUGCCAUGCCUGUGGACUCAUUGUUGCCACUCGAGGUCACCUGGAGAGGCACCAACGCUCCCAUGGAGCAAAUAAUACCUACAAAUGUUACCUAUGUGACUGUAGCUUCACCCGAAAGAAGAAAGUGUUGGACCAUCUUGAUAAAGCCCAUGGCAUAAUGACACCAAAGUUUGCUAUAUAAAGAAAGUGAUGCUCACAGUAACAUGACUGUAAUCAUUAAAAUGUUUAUAACCGAUUUAAAGAUUCUGGAUACUUGAUGUUUAGCGAAGAUGAACUAGGGAAUACUUGUGUUUCAAACAAGCUAGGCUUCUCUGGUCUUCCUUCCCAGCCCCAAGGGGGCUAAUGGGAAUGGCAGGCUUGUGAGCUGUAAGCUCCGGCUCAGGCACCUACCCUACCCUAGAAGGGCUGGGCAUGGUGUCGUUUCCCUGAUGAUGAGAUAUGGAAUACUUCUCUUUUAAUGUAGUAUUCGUAAAAUUAAGGGUAUAUCUGUUAUAUGUAUAUUAAAUUAUUUACUGCAUAUUAUGAGAUAUAUUGAUUACU